AUGGAUUGGAUGCACGUCUAUAUCACCGGGUCUGCCGUCCUGGUGUUCGCCCUGGUCGGCUUGGUUCUCCUCGUGUCCUCACAGCAGAUCAAGUUCGUCAAUACCCGCGCCGGUCCAUACCUGAAGUUCAUCUGGGCCAAUUUCAUCAAACCGCAUGAUAAGAAGAUUGGGGGCCAGCAGGAUGCACUGGAGAGCUUUUAUAAGACACAGGCCGCCGUCUACGAUGCCACUCGUCGUCGUCUUCUCUGUGGCCGCGAGGAUAUGCUUGGGCUCGUGGGAGCGCAAUUGAAACACAAGAUCGAAAAUAAGCAAAUCAAGGCCGGCAAAGCUGUUUGGGUGGAUAUUGGUGGUGGCACCGGAUACAACAUUGAAGCAAUGGCGACAUUCCUUCCAGUAGACAAGUUCUUCAAGCACGUUUACCUGGUCGAUCUCUCACCAUCCCUCUGCGAUGUUGCCCGCAAACGCUUCGAGCGUCUGGGGUGGAAGAAUGUUACUGUUCUCUGCCAAGAUGCGCGCUCAUUCAGUCUCCCAGAGAUGGUCUCUGCUCCCCAGUCUGCAAAUUCAACCAAUGAUGGAGUGGACUUGAUCACAAUGAGCUACAGUUUAUCCAUGAUUCCUGACUACUACAGCGUUGUGGAUUCCUUGACCUCCCGCUUAAAGUCCACUGGCAUUUUGGGCGUGUGUGAUUUCUAUGUCCAAAGCAUUGUCGACGUAUCCUGCCGCAACUACACCGGUGGUGCCUUCAACCGUCAUGUCAACUGGCUGGGACGUAUGUUCUGGAGAGCUUGGUUUGAUUUCGAUCGAGUCAGCCUGGAGGCUGCCCGCCGUGACUACCUCGAAUAUAAGUUUGGAACUGUGAUUUCGGCCAGUGAGCGAAACUAUCUUCUCGGUGGUAUUCCAUACUAUAUCUUUGUUGGAUGCCCCAAAGAAGUGCAAUCAACACCAUCGAGCCAAUCUAUCGAAAAGUUGGACGCUUCGUUCACCGAGUCUCCAUAUCUGCUACCAGCCAACCACAAGCAGGAAAUGGAUCACGCAGUGGUUAAAAGCACCCAUGAAAUUCGCUCGAAGGCUUAUGAGUCGGCUGUUAUCAAUCUGAGUGCCAAUCUUCCUCUUCCGUCGUCUUUCUACCAGAACCACCACUACCGCAUUCACUACAACGACAUGCUCCCAAAGCACACUCAAUUCCAGAACGAGUACAUCUAUGCUUUCACAUGGGAAGACCCCAGAGUUGAUCACCGGCUAUUGAACAUUGGUAAAGACGACGUGAUCCUAGCUAUCACUAGUGCUGGCGACAACAUCCUCGACUAUCUACAGAAGAACCCCCGCCGGGUGCACGCAGUGGAUCUGAACCCCAAUCAGAACCAUCUCCUCGAGUUGAAGGUUGCAUCUUAUACCGCCCUGGGCCACCGUGAUAUGUGGAAGAUAUUUGGUGACGGAAAGCACGCUCAAUUCCGUGAGCUUCUCAUCUCCAAACUUAGCCCUCAUCUAUCAAGUCAGGCUUUCCAAUAUUGGCUCGAGCAUACCCAGACCUUCACUUCUAAAUCUGGGCAUGGACUGUAUGAAACCGGUGGCUCUCGUCAUGCCAUUCGCAUGGUUCGUUGGCUUUUCAACAUUUUCGGACUGCAGGGAGAAGUUCGCAAGUUAUGCGAGGCUCAGAGUCUUGCUGAACAGCGGGAGAUCUGGCCUCGCAUUCGUCGUGUAUUGAUGAGCCGUCCGCUACAUUGGGCCAUCGUGAGUACGGAAUGGUUUGCCUGGAAAGCCGCUGGUGUGCCGCGCAACCAACGGAACAUGAUUGUUGAUGAUUUCUUCCGCCGCAACGGCCUAACUGAGGAUAUGAAGAAAGGUAAAGAUGUCAGCGGUCAGUCGAUCUGGGAAUAUGUUGUCGACACCCUUGACCCUGUUGUCAAUGAUACCCUCAUCAGCAACGACAACUACUUCUACUUCCUUUGCGUGCAAGGAAAAUUCUCCCGGAGAUGUCACCCGACUUAUCUAUCGCCGCAAGCCCACGUCAAGCUCUCCACUCCUGGUGCAUUUGAUGGUCUUCGCAUCCACACCGAUGAGAUCAACGAGGUGAUCAACCGCAUCACUCCGGGAACUCUGACUAUUGCCGUGGUCAUGGACUCCAUGGACUGGUUUGAUCCCGCGGAGGACUCAGCUCCAGCGCAGGCCCGAACCUUCAACCACGCCCUGAAGAAGGGUGGCCGCAUCCUGCUCCGCUCCGCCAGUAUUGACCCAUGGUACAUCAAGCACUUUGAGGAGAACGGCUUCUCUGCUCGUCGUGUGGGAGCCCGGUUCCCAGGCACAUGCAUUGAUCGUGUAAAUAUGUAUGCAUCCACCUGGAUCUGCACCAAGACCGAAGAUCUAUGCACUGGAAUGACAGACCGCAAGAUGUCGGCUCUUUCAUUGCCUGAUAGUGCUAUUCAGGCCAAGAGGUCAGGCAGCGUAGAGGAUCUGCAACUCUGA